UACAACUCAAUCAUGUUCACAAAACAAAUUAUAGUGGCUAGCGUCGGUCUGGCGAGUAUCGCCAUGGCUCAGCCUAUUACGAGUGAGUCGAUGAUGCCGUCUGAGUCCACGAUGCCGUCUGAGUCAAUGAUGGCCUCUGAUAUGGUCAGCGAAUCCGGUACAGCCGAACCAGAGUGUGCCGAUGAGAACACAGAGUAUUUAUGUACCACCAACGCUAUGUCCUGGGUUAAAGACAGACAGGGUAAUCACUUCAUGGACUCUAAAGUAAAGGAGGACUGGACCCUUAAAAUCCGAAAGAUGGGCGAGGCAGCCUUUGAGAUCAAGAAAGGUACCGGCGAACACAUUGCUUGCGUAAUUACUAAGUUCAGAUCAGAGGAAGGAACUAUCCGUGCCGUAUGUGCCGAUGGCGAGAACUCCACGACGCACCAGGUUGAGAUGGAUGAUGCGUGUAACCCCAUGGAGAUCAUGAUUGCUACUACUGAUCCCGAUGGUGAGAACGAGUUUAUCGGUGAGGAGGCACCCAGCGCCUCAUUCUCUACAUGCACUUUGAUCAUGCCAGAGGAAGUGAGUUCUAUGCCUCCGGCGGCAAGUGAGAGUGAGAUGGUGUCCGAGCCCGCAGAGGUACCCGAAGAAAUUCCGUCUGAAAUGCCCGCAGUGAGCGAGGAAGCACCUGCUGAGUCUGAGGAGGCUUCGGCCCCAGCUGAGAGUGCCGAGGCAAGUGCAGAUGAGAGUGUGCCUGCUGAGGCAGGAGAGAGUGCCCCUGCUGAGGCAGAAGACAGUGAGCCUGCUGAGGCAGAAGACAGUGAGGCUGCUGAGGCAGAAGAAAGUGCUCCUGUUGAGGCAGAAGAGAGUGAGCCUGCUGAGGCAGAAGAGAGUGCUCCUGUUGAGAGUGGCGAGUUGUCGGAAAAAGCUGAAGCCUCGGCGCCCGCUGUAGUUGAGGGUGUGAUUGGGGCGGCUCAAGAUGCUGUUGAUGCUGCACAAGAGGCUAUCGAAAACCUUGAGGUAUAGAUGUUUGGAUUAGUCUACUUAGCGCUGAAUAUGAAUAAAUUGUUUAUUUUGUAUAUGUA